CUCCUUACCCCAACGGAUAGACCCAUCAAUCUGAAGAGGCUAAGCCCUCACAGAGAGACAUGGCAGCAGUUUCGUGCUCAUGGCUCACCCUUCCCUCCAAAUUCAGAGACCUUUCCCCCGCUUCCUCUUCUUCCUCCUCCAUCUCCAAUUCCGCUUCUCUGAGUUUCUGCAGAAACAUCUCUCACACUGUCUUCUCACAAGGUAGCUUGUCGUUGAGUCCAGUGCAGAGGCGUACCCUGGUGGUAUGCGAGGUAGUGACGAAGAAGAAGGUGGAUUCUGCUAUUAAGAGAGCUCGCCAGGCCGAGAAACGCCGCAUUUACAACAAAGCCCGCAAAUCGGAGAUAAAAACCCGGAUGAAGAAGGUUUUGGAAGCAUUGGAAUCGCUUAAGAAGAAAAGCGAUGCACAACCAGAAGAAAUACUUCCAAUUGAGAAACUGAUUGGAGAGGCAUACUCGGUAAUUGACAAGGCAAUAAGAGUAGGCACGCUGCACAGGAACACGGGAGGACAUCGAAAGUCUAGGCUUGCCAGAAGAAAGAAGGUCGUGGAGAUCCACCAUGGCUGGUAUACCCCAGUUUCUGAUGGCAGUGUCUGAAACAAUCCCCUCACUAGUUCACAUGGAUUCAAAUGAGGUGCUAGUGAAGACUUAUGCAGAUUAUUUUCACUCUGUUCAAACAUUGUAUUUGGUCUUUUUUGGUGUUGGUUCAAAUUAGUGUACUGUUCAAUGUAUACUAUCAUCAUGUAGAGUGUUUGAUUUAAACUGCGUCUUCGCAAUUAGUCUUCACUGUACUUUUUCCUCAUUGUGGUAUAUUGUGAUGCCUCCAUAAGUCACUAGCAGCUGUCUGUACCCGUUUAAUAUUUGCAACAGUUUCUUGAGCUUGAGAAUUUGCUGUUUAAGAUUUCUCAUUUCUUUA